AUGAACUAUAUCACUUCACCACUUCUCUCCUUGAGCACAUCCUUCCGCUCCAGAAGCCCCAAAUCAACCAGCGACACCUCAAGCCCAAGCUCAACAACAACCUCACCACCCUCCUCUCCAACAUCCACCCACUCGCCUCAAAGCUCCCCACACCACCUCUUCAACCUAUCCUUCCACCCCUCCAAACUCCACACUCAUACAUUCCGAGGACAACCCGGUGUCAAGCACACAGAUAGUCCUGGAAAUCCAUCCCGCCCGCACCCAGUCUCCGAUACCCACAAUGCCAGCAGCGUGCUCCCCUGCGUCCUACGCGGCCGCUCAGCGAUGUUUGUCCGCCGACGACCGUCUAAGAUUGACAUGGCGCUGAGCGAAGAGCGGGCGCGAUGUGAUGGGGACUCUAUUGAGAGACAGGGGUUGGAGUUGAUGGAGCCGAGGCCGGUGGAUCUGGGGAUUGGGGAAGUGAAGCCUAAUUUUGUGAUGGGCGGCAUCUUUGAGGUUAUGGAGGGGAGGGCUUAG